AUGCGCGUGUCAGUGUGUGUGUGCGGGCUGCGGAGAGCUGAAGGUUAGCUUUAGCCUGUUAGCCGUUAGCUGCUGAGGACUUCUCGUGCUCUGAAGCGCAGCUCCUGGUUUUAUAAGCCAGCAGCAGGGCCACCUGAGCGACGACACGGCAAACCAAUCAGAUCCAGAGUCGAGCUCACGCCUCCCUCGUACUACAACCAAUCAUGUGGCCGUAUUGUUUGAGCGCUGGUUUGAUUGGUCGUAUCAGGAGGAGGCGGGAGAAUACCAGUGAAGAAAGGCGCCUUAAGAAGUGCCUGACCAAAAAAACAUAACACGGUCAAAAAUAAACGACUAAACUCUUAAAUAAAGCGAAAUUCCAGGAAAUAAAGAGUGUUCAUACAUGAUAACUCCAACUGUUAGUGUGUCCGACCACAUUUUUACCCUUUAUGAUGGAUUUUGUUGUCAGUUUAAGACAAACAGACAGCCUGAGCUCGAAGCAGUUUUAUUACAGCCCUAAUCAUUGACUCGCAGGUAUCGCCUCACAAACUCCCUCACCGCGAAUUAAAGGUUUUCAAGCGUUUACAGAUGACUUGUUUAGUUUGAUUUAAGUUUGAGUAUACGGCUAAGAAAGAAACAGCGGUUAAAGUCCGUUAAUACGUCCGUUAACACAUACUAUUAGAACUCGGAGGGGAAAGUGUGCCUGAGAGGUAAUACUUAGGGUAAAUAUAAACGUGUGUAUCUAUAACCCAUAAGUAGGUUAUCUGUCUGUUCUUUAUAAACUAGGGAUGCACCGAUCCGAUAUUUGGAUCGGAUAUCUGAUGAAUGACGCCGAUCCAGCCUUUUUUUUUUUCUUUUAAUUAAUUUUUCUUUUUCAUACAUGGAAGUCUUACUUCUUUUUGUUGUGAGCUAAUGUGCAAUUUGUUAAUAAGAUAACAUUAAGUCCAUUUAUAUCUGUGUUAAUGUCAAACCUGAUGAUGUAUACAGUUCAUUCAUUCAACAGUCGUAUUGGAUCGGAUAUCAGCCGAUACGCUCAGCCCAGGUAUUGAUAUCGGAUUGGAUCAGAAGAAAAUGGAUCGGUGCAUCUCUAUUAUAAACACUCACAGAGACAGUCCACUGUAUGAACUCUUUUAUAUUAUAAACAGUUACAGACCUGUUUCUAAACUGUCUGUUCUGACUCAGGUUCUUAAAUUCCUUUUCAGUGAACAAGUAAAAGCAAACCUGGUCAUGUUCACAAAAUACACACAGUCCUACCGCUGCAGCCUUGAAGGUUAUAAAUGAAAGAACUGAAGCCUUAGAUAAUAAACACUGUUGUCUGUUAACACCGUGAACCGUGACAUUUUGAUUGAAGGUCUUACAGUAACUGGGUUUUCUGAACAUGCAGUUGGACGGUUUGUAGACAAUCUCAGAGACAGAAGCCAGGCUGUCUAGUUAGGGGGCGUCUCUGCUGAGGUUCAGUUUGUCCACAAGGGGGCGCCCCAAGAGUCCAUGUAUUAUCUGUCCGUUCAAUUAUCCUGUUCAAUCUAGAAAAACAAGUCAAUAUUUUGUUUUUUUGUAUAACCAAAAGAUGUCUCAAAUAGUCAUCGACUAAUUAUGGAAGAAUUGUGAAGUCUGACGGCUGAGGGUGAAAAAGAUCUUCUGAACGUGUCUGUCCUCCUGAUCUCUGCUCAUUCAGAGUUUUAUGUCUCAGUGAAUCUUAUUUCUUUAUUUCUGAGUCUUACUGUAACAGACAGACACAGACGGAUGGACAGACAGCUGGACACUAGGUGGCAGCAGAUCAUGAACAAUAUUAAACCUGAAUUUUGUUUCCUUUAAAUGAGCUUCUGCUGUUAAUCCACAAAGUAAGAGUCCAUCGUGGGGGACGUCCUGAAUGUGGGUCCACAGGUGAAACACAGGUGAAGGGAUCUCAGGUGUGUGUUCAAGAUAUGUUUGAACAGAAAAUGUCGAUCAGCUGAUCUAAAACGGCUUUAAUAACCAUUGAUGACGAUAUGGUUAUGGUGCUCAUCACACAGAUUACACACCACGCACUCCACAGUUUUUUCUUUUUGUUUGUUUUUCUGUUUGUUGGUUUAUUUGUUUUUGUGUUAAGUUGUUGUUUUUUACGUGUUUGUAGUUUUUUUUUCCCUGUUUGUUUGUGUGUUUUCUGUGUUUAUUUAUGUGUUUGUCUGUUUGUUUUUUUCUUUGUGUUUGUCUAUUUUUUUUCUUUGUUUGUUUGUGUGUUUAUUUGUUUAGUCUUUAUUAGUUCCUUUGUUUGUUUUUUGUGUUUUUUUUAUGUGCUUGUUUGUUUGUUUAUUAGUUCAUGGGUUUAAUUGUUUGGUCUUUGUUUUUUUUAGUUUGUUUUUUCUUUGUGUGUUUUUUAUGUUAUUUAUUGGUUUGUUUUUUGUUUAUUUGUUUGUUUGGUCAUCUGUUAUUUGUUUGUGUCUUUUUUGUGUUUGCUUGGUCUUUGUGUGUUUUUUUGUGUUUAUAUAUUGGUUUGUUUGUUUGUUUGUUUGGUCUUUGUGUUUGUUUUUUGUGUUUUUUGUGUUUGUGUGUUUAUUUCGGUCUUCAUUUGUUUGUUUGUUUUAUAUUUUUGUUUAAUUGUUUUUAUUUCUUUGUGUUUGUUUUAGUUUUUUCUUUGUGUGUUUAUUUAUUUGUUUGUUUGUUUUUUGUUUGUUUGUUUAUUUGUUUGUUUAUUUGUUUGUUUGUUUGUUUGUUUGUGUGUUUUUUGUGUUUGUUUGUUUGUUUAUUUUUUGUUUGUUUGUUUAUUUUUUUGUUUGUUUGUUUUUUGUGUUUUUUGUGUUUAUUUGUUUGUUUGUGUGUUUUUUGUGUUUGUUUGUUUGUUGUCUUAAACAGAAUUUACUUUCGACUGAGCUGUCAAUCAAACUGACCAGCAGCUGGUCCAAUCUCGUGUCCUGAGUCGCAGGAGAGGGCGGGGCCUGAGCGUGUGCCAGAGGGCUGAUGAGAGUGAAGGAUUAGGACUUCAUUACCCAGCAUGCCCUGUGUGUGUUUGUAAAAUCCCUAAAGAGGAUUUAUGUGGAUCAGAGAGCCGACAUGCCGCUGAAGAGAGAAGGUGAGACGUUUUUAUUUUCAUUACCUGUUUAACACACACACUCACACAAACACACACACUCACACACACACUCACACACACACUGUGGUUCUACGUGUGUGUGAGUGUGUGUUAAUUAUUGUGUGUCUGUGAGUGUGUGUUAUCUGUGAAUCUUCCUCCUCAGUGAGUUUCCUCUGAUCAUCCUCAUCUUCAUCGUUUUAUUGAUCAAAGUUACUCUCUGUGAUGGCACCCCUGACCUUUGACCCCUGUUUGCUAGACAGGAAGUUGUUUUUGUUCUUCGUUGUGUUUGUAGUUCGGACACUUUGUUAAUGAGGCGGGCGCCGCACUCGUCAUUUGACACGUACAGUAAAAGAUCGACUACUACGACUGUAAAUACUGACCCGUUCAUGUCAGGAGGUACUACAAAAUAAAAGCACGGAGGUCAGGAGGUACUACAAAAUAAAAGAACAAAGGUCAGGAGGUACUACAAAAAAAAGGCACUGAGUUCAGGAGGUACUACAAAAUAAAAGAUCUGAUGUCAGGAGGUACUACAAAAUAAAAGCACUGAGGUCAGGAGGUACUACAAAAUAAAGGCACUGGGGUCAGGAGGUACUACAAAAUAAAAGCACUGAGGUCAGGAGGUACUACAAAAUAAAAGCACUGAGGUCAGGAGGUACUACAAAAUAAAAGAUCUGAUGUCAGGAGGUACUACAAAAUAAAAGCACUGAGGUCAGGAGGUAUUUCAAAAUAAAAGCACUGGGGUCAGGAGGUACUACAAAAUAAAAGCACUGAGGUCAGGAGGUACUACAAAAUAAAAGCACUGAGGUCAGGAGGUACUACAAAAUAAAAGCACUGAGGUCAGGAGGUACUACAAAAUAAAGGCACUGGGGUCAGGAGGUACUACAAAAUAAAAGCACUGGGGUCAGGAGGUACUACAAAAUAAAAGCACUGAGGUCAGGAGGUACUACAAAAUAAAGGCACUGAGGUCAGGACGAACUACAAAAUAAAAGCACUGAGGUCAGGAGGUACUACAAAGUAAAAGAUCUGAGGUCAGGAGGUACUACAAAGUAAAAGAUCUGAGGUCAGGAGGUACUACAAAAUGAAAGAACUGAGGUCAGGAGGUACUACAAAAUAAAAGCACUGAGAUCAGGAGGUACUACAAAAUAAAAGAUCUGAGGUCAAGAGUUACUACAAAAUAAAAGCACUGAGGUCAGGAGGUACUACAAAAUAAAAGCACUGAGGUCAGGAGGUACUACAAAAUAAAAGCACUGAGGUCAGGAGGUACUACAAAAUAAAAGAACUGAGGUCAGGAGGUACUACAAAAUAAAAGCACUGAGGUCAGGAGGUACUACAAAAUAAAAGAACUGAGGUCAGGAGUUACUACAAAAUAAAAGCACUGAGUAACUUAGGCAUUAAAGGAUGCUGAUCCUGAUCGUAUCCUCGGCAUAAAGACAGAACUCUGACCCGGUCUAAAGGAACCUCAGUCCAGUUCAGGAAAGUGUUUCCUGUCCCCGCAGACACUGAGCGCGCUCUGCAGGUCAUGGAGGCCUGUCAGGCCGGAGCAGCUGAAGGGGUCAAAGGUCGCGCAGAGAAACUGCUCAACAUCUUCCAGAGUGACCUCUUCCAGGCCCUGCUGGGUAACACACACGCACACACACACACACGCACACACACAUUACAACGCCCUGAUUGGACGAGGUCCCUGUGUGUGUGUGUGAUUAAUCCAGAGUGUGUGUGUGACUCAUUAACACUCUGACUGAUCUGUUUGGCCGCUGCCUGAGCUCUGAUUGGCCGAUCACAGCGGCAGGUUCACAGGUGAGAGCAGCACCUGAGUGAGGACUGACUGACCGCCAAACAAAACACGCCAACACCUGAAAAAUCACCACAUGCUGCUUUAACCAAUCUGCUGUUUACUUUAAGGAAGUAUGAAAGGAGCGCUGUGAUUGGUCCAAACAUUCUAACUUUGUGUGUGUGUGUGUGUGUGUGUGUGUGUGUGUGUGUGUAGACAUCCAGGAGUUUUACGAGCUGACAGUCUGUGAGAACCAGACGAUGAGCCGACCGCACACACCUGGACAGGUAAGAACACACACACACACACACACACACACACACACACACACACACACACACACACACACACACACUCUGUCUCUCUUUUUAAUCCACAUGGCAACACCCAUCACUGUUACCUAGCAACAGCUGCAGCAGCAUUACCGGGGCAACAGCUGCAUAACACCAUGGCAACAGGAGCCCAACCCCCACCUCCUCCCUCUCUCUCUCUCUCUCUCUCUCUCUCUCUCUCUCUCUCUCUCUCUCUCUCUCUCUCUGUCUUCUUGUUGAGUGACUCAAGGAGGUGUACACCCCCGCCCCCCCCUCACAAAAACACACACACCACUCUUGAUCUGUCUUGCUCGCCCCCUCUCUCUCUCUCGCUCUCUCUCGCUCGCUCGGCGCCGACAGACGGAGGAAGAGAAGAGGAGAGCGAGCGGGCGAGCGAGGACAGACAGACAGACAAGGAGAGAGAGAGAGAGAGAGAGAGAGAGAGAGGGGGGAGGGCGACAAAGAGAGAGAGAGAGAGAGAGAGAGAUCGAGCAUGAGUGUGUGAGUGUGUGUGAAAAUGUGUGUGUGUGAGUGUGAGUGUGUGUGAGUGUGUGUGUGUGUGGAUAUGGACUGCCUCUGCAUUGUCACCACCAAGGUAAGAGCAGACCGCCCGCAUGCACCGCUGCAACACACUUACACACACACACACACACACACACACAGUCUAUGAAGACACACACACACAUACAUCCCUAUAGAAUGUGUGUGUCUGUGUGUGUGUGUGUGUGUGUGUCCUCAUAAACCAUAAAAGCCGGGUUUAUGUGCGCUCGCUGCUGCCGUCAUGAUUUCAUUCAUCUCUUUCUCUCGCUGUGUGUGUGUGUGUGUGUGUGUGUGUGUGUGUGUGUGUGUGUGGUUAGCGCUGCCAAACUAGCAUGUAUAUUAGCUCAUGCUAGCUCCCGUGUGUGUCUGUUAGCUGAGAUUCUGACACGUGUGUUCACCUGUCACAUGACUCGGGUCUGAAUGAAACGAUCCAUAACCGGCGUGAAUGACGGUGCAACAGGUGUGUCGUGUUGUGUUGUGUCGUGUUGUGUGUGUUGUGUUGUGUCGUGUUGUGUGUGUUGUGUGUGUUGUGUAAUGAUAAAGUGCUCUGUCACCCUGACCACCUGGCGUCCUCUCAGGUGAUACACUCGACCUGUUGUUGUUGUUCGUUAAAGUCUGUGAGAAAAUCGGAGGUAGAAAACGGCAGAGAAACUUCAGGCGACUUUUUUUACGAAGGUGCGUUUUGACACCAUGUUGGCGUGAUGCUAACUCAGCGAAAAAACGACAUACGAACGACAUACGAACGGUACGUUAGGAAGGUUUAGCCCCGGUUUGGUCCACUGUUUCCUCGGUAUGGUCUUAGUCUUAGUCCCGUCCUCUCUGGUUAUGUAACUCUGGUUUUUUAGUGUGUUGGACUUGUUGGUCCAUCAACUGUCGAUAAAUACAGAAUUUCAUGGUUUCCAAAUUAUUUAAAGGGAUAUUCCGGCGUAAAAUUAAUUUAGGGUCAAACACCGAGUUAGACCCCCCUCCAGAGAUGAAUGUUGCCGACCGCUUGCUUCUCUAGUUAUACCAACUUUAGUAAUGACCGCAGGAUAGUAAUACAGAGAGCCACGCCCCCAACCAAAACGCCACUCUAUAGCCACAAAUAAUGCUCAGAACAGCACCUAACUUCAUCAACAGGACAUAUAGGGUCACAGACAUAGUACUAUAUUCAGAGUUGUUCUAACUCCUAAGAAAACAAACUUUAGCUGGGGCGUUUCUCCACUUCUGUAGUCUAUUUUUCAUUGAGCCGAAUUAUCAAUAAAAUCAUGAUUUUGUUAACAGGUAUGGAUUUAUGUGCUGUCGAGUUAAUAUAUUUGAACAAGAGCACAGUAAAGUUAAAUCAGCUAAUUUUCCAAUGAGGUUCUGUUACUAAACUGAACUACACCAUGUUCUACUCAGGUCAGUACAUACAGGGUCACAGACAUAGUACUAGACACCAAACAUCUUUUUAACUUUGACUCAUUUCUUUAACAAAGAGACUAAACACAACUCACCUACUCUCUUCCAGCAGACGCUUGUUUGUAGUGAGACCUCAGGCCAGUCCAUUACAGACUACAGCGGGGUGCUGCAGCUCAAGGAAGAACAUUUAUGAUCAUUUCUUCAUGGAAAUACAAUCAGACCGAGACGCUAAGACAGAAGAACUACCGCGUCUGCAGUUCAAAUGAUUAAUAUUGUUCAGUUUAAUUUAUAAGAUUCAAAUAGCAGUACAGCCAUCUACAGGCCGAUUCUGGUACAGCGGUUAGGCUUCGUCUGUUUGAAUAAAACCUUUAUCCAGGAGGUGACAGAGAAUAACAACAAAGACGCUCGGAGAAGCACGUUUGCCGGCUUCUAGGCAUACAUCUUCUACGAGUUGCAUUGUCAGUAUGUGUUCACAUGUGGAUUUAUGGUUAUAUGCUCAAGUCUAAAGUGGCAAAGUAUCAGGUUGUGUGAUUAUUUGUGUUGUCACGUGUCACGCGUGUUUUAAGCCUACAUCGAGUGAGCUAUUUUAGUUAGCCUACUAGACUUUAGUUCAUAUGGUUGACAGAUGUGGAAUUGUUUACUUUAUGGUUUAUGCAUCUCUAUAAAUGCAAUAUUCAUUCAUGUAUUAUUUGUGUAUUUCUUUUAGUUUCACACUUUCAACAAUAAACACAAUAAACCUGGCAGAAAAAUGAUACCCAGUGUGUUUGAAGGGAAGAGUUUAGCUGCCUGUUAACACAUGCACACGACACAUUGAGGACAAAACAAAUAUGAUGAUUAUUACUUCAAGGAAAUGAUAAAGAAAUGAUCAUAAAUGUUCUUCCUUGAGCUGCGUCACCCCGCUGUAGUCUUUAAUGGACUGGCCUGAGGUCUCUCUACAAACAAGCGUCUGCUGGAAGAGAGUAGGUGAGUUGUGUUUAGUCUCUUUGCUAAAGAAAUGAGUCAAAGUUAAAAAGAUGUUUGGUGUCUAGUACUAUGUCUGUGACCCUAUAUGUACUAACCUCAGUAGAUCAUGGUGUAGUUCUGUUCAGUAACAGAACCUCGUUGGAAAAUUAGCUGAUUUAACUUUACUGUGCUCUUGUUCACUUCAACUAAAAACGUUCUGAAUGAUUUGGAAACCAACAGAUUAUCAUUAUUAUUAUUUGUACAUGUGACACAUCCUUCCUCCUCUUGUUAAGAAGUUUUUUCCUAUUCUGAGGUUCGGUCCGGUUUUAUCUUCUUUUUUGGCUUUAUUUUGGUCCAGUUCUCUUUGGUUAAGUCUAAGUUUAGUUUGGUCCAGUGUUUCCUGGUGUUCUGGUCCUGGUUUGGUCCAGUUUCUCCUAGUAUUCCGGUCCUGGUUCGGUCCAGUUUCUCCUGGUGUUCUGGUUCUGGUUUGGUCCAGUGUUUCCUGGUGUUCUGGUCCUGGUUUGGUCCAGUUUCUCCUAGUAUUCCGGUCCUGGUUCGGUCCAGUUUCUCCUGGUGUUCUGGUCCUGGUUGGGUCCAGUGUUUCCUGGUGUUCUGGUCCUGGUUUGGUCCAGUUUCUCCUGGUGUUCUGGUCCUGGUUGGGUCCAGUUUCUCCUGGUGUUCUGGUUCUAGUUUGGUCCAGUUUCUCCAGGUGUUCUGGCCCUGGUUUGGUCCAGUUUCUCCUAGUAUUCCGGUCCUGGUUGGGUCCAGUUUCUCCAGGUGUUCUGGCCCUGGUUUGGUCCAGUUUCUCCUGGUGUUCUGGUCCUGGUUUGGUCCAGUGUUUCCUGGUGUUCUGGUCCUGGUUGGGUCCAGUUUCUCCUAGUGUUCUGGACCUGGUGUGGUGCAGUUUCUCCUGGUGUUCUGGUCCUGGUUUGGUCCAGUGUUUCCUGGUGUUCUGGUCCUGGUUCGGUCCAGUUUUCCUGGUGUUCUGGUCCUGGUGUGGUCCAGUAUUUCCUGGUGUUCUGGUCCUGGUUCAGUCCAGUUUCUCCUCUGGUUGGGUCCAGUGUUUCCUGGUGUUGUGGUCCUGGUUUGGUCCAGUUUCUCCUGGUGUUCUGGUCCUGGUGUGGUCCAGUUUCUCCUGGUGUUCUGGUCCUGGUUGGGUCCAGUUUCUCCUGGUGUUCUGGUCCUGGUUGGGUCCAGUUUCUCCUGGUGUUCUGGUUCUAAUUUGGUCCAGUUUCUCCUGGUGUUCUGGUUCUAGUUUGGUCCAGUUUCUCCUAGUAUUCUGGUCCUGGUUGGGUCCAGUAUUUCCUGGUGUUCUGGUCCUGGUUGGGUCCAGUUUCUCCUGGUGUUCUGGUCCUGGGUCCAGUUUCUCCUGGUGUUCUGGUCCUGGUUCGGUCCAGUUCCUCCAGGUGUUCUGGUCCUGGUUCGGUCCAGUUUUCUUGCCUUUUCUUCGUUGGUGUUUCUCACUUUAAUAUUCGUCCAUUUCCUUCAGAGAGAGAGAGAGAUGGAUGUGUUGUAUCAGAAAUAGCUUCUACUAUCUUUAGCUACAUCAGUACUGCUAAUGGACACACUCACACAGACACACUCACACACACACACACACACACAGACACACACACACACACACACACACACACACACACACACACACACACACACACACACACUCUAGUUAUAUAUUCAGACUAAAACUGUAUCUCCACUUCCUCCUGAUUGGACAACAGCCGUUUUCUUUGACCAAUCAAACUCCGGUCCAGUUGCAUCAUUUCCAGAUCAGACCAGUAUGGACUGGUUUUGUUCUGUCAGUGACCUGCCAGACCAUUUGAGACCUGGUUCUUCAGUAGAGCUCGGGUCCUGAGGGGGAAGUCUGUCUUGGUGACGAGUCUGGACCAGUUCAGACCCCCUAAUUAGACCUGAGACGGGUCAGGUCCAGUUCUGAAUGACAUGAUGUUAAAGAAGUUAAAGACUGUCUGAACAAAUCUAGACCGGGUCAAACCAGUUUUAGACUGACCCUGUUCGAGUUUAAAGGUUUAGACUAAAGUGUUCUGGUUUUGGUUUUGGUGAAACAACUUUGAACUUCUCAGUCUGGAGAAAGUUCGGAUUAAAAUGUUCGUAUCCGUGUCGGCUGAUUUAAAGACCCAGGUGGUGACGUUGUUGACAGGACACUGUGGAACCGUCCAAACAGUGGAGACGCUUAACAGUCUGUUUUUGUUGUCUGAUUUGACGUUGUUGUUUUUUUGCUGUUGUAGUUUUUUUUUUAUUUGUUGUUUUUGUUUUUUGUUGUUUUUUUGCUGUUUUUGUUGUUUUACUGUUGUUUUUGUUGUAGUCUGUUUUGCUGUUGAUGUUGUUUUUUUGUUUAUUUGUUGUUUUUGUUUUUGUUGUUUUUCGCUGUUUUUGUUGUUGUUUUGUUGUUUUUGUUUUUUGUUUAUUUGCUCUUGUUAUUUUUGUUUGCUGUUGAUGUUAUGGUCAUCUGUUGUGAAGUUGUUGUUGUUGUUUCAAGAUUGAGGUGUGGUUAAUAUUGUCAGUGUUUGUGGGUUUGUAAACGUUUUUUGUUGUUAUUGUUGUUUUUGUUUGUUUUGCUGUAGAUGUUUUUUUUGCUGUUGUUUUUUGUUGUUGUUAUUGUCAUCUGUUGUGAAGUUGUUGUUUCAAGAUUGAGGUGUGGUUUAUGUUGUCUGUGUUUGUGGGUUUGUAAAUUUUUUUUGUUGUUUUUGUUUUUUUCUUUGUCUGUUUUUUUGUUGUUGUUAUUGUUGUUGUUGUUUUUGUUAUUGUUGUCUUUUGCGAAGUUGCUGUUGUUUCAGGAUUGAGGUGUCGUUUACGUUGUCAUAGUUGAUUCGUAAAUGUUUUGUCGUGUUUUGUGUUUAUUGUGUUUAAGGGUUUGUGUGCGUUUUCCUGUUGUUGGUUUCGGCAUUUUUUGUGUUGUCGCUGUUGUUAACGUUGUUUGUGUUGUUGGUGUCGACGUUGUUGUUAUGACUUUAUCGGAGCUUUUCUGUGUUUACGGUGUCGUCGACUCGCGGCGAAUAUAAACAGUGUGUGUGUGUUUGUGUAAGUGUGUUUGUGUGUGUGUAUACGUGUGUGUUUGUGUGUUUGUGUUUGUGUUUGUGUGUUUGUGUUUGUGUUUGUGUUUGUGUGCAGGGCUGUGGGCCACAUGUCAGUCACAAACACGCAUGUAAACACAGACUGUCAUUAUCAGCUGGGCAAGAUUCCAACAACACGUCCACACACACACACACACACACACACACACACACACACACACACACACACACACACACACACACACACACACACACACACACACACGUAUUUAUAGAGUCAGUGAACAGAUUAACUCCUCGCUGUCUGUAGCUGAUCUGUGACCAGGUGUCUGUGAGUCUCAGUCUCAUUCUGGAGGUCAAAGGUCAUCACAGUGACCUCAGCACCAGGACUGGACCUCAUCUGAACCCGGUUCCAAAGUUCAGGAUCUUUUCACGGGUCUGACUGUGGGCUGUGUUUAAAAAUGGGGGUCAAGUCAGGACCACAUCAGUCCAGGACUCUCCUCCUACAGAGCCACGCUGCUGUCAGGAUCUGGUCUGGGACCAUAUGAGGGUCUUACCUAAAGAGGUCCUGGUCUGGAUGGACGCAGAUGUUGGUCCUGAACCUGGAGAUCUUGUUCAGGGAGCUGAGAACCAGUCUGGUGGACCCUCUACUCCUUAGAGAGGAGGAUGCAGGGUCCAGGAUUUUAGUCUUCAUCAAAAUCUGACUCUGAUCAAGAAUUCGAUCAGAACGGCGAGUCGAUCGAACACAGAGGUCAGAGGUCAGAGGUCAGAGGUCAGGUUUAUCCUCCUCCGUCUGUCCUUUCAGCCCCCCCCAACACUCUUCCUUUAUGAAUCGAGGCUGGCUCCUCCUCUGUCCGGUGAUGUCAGUUGCCGGGCAACCGAGGCUAUAAGAGCCCCCUGUUACUAUGGCAACCGCAUCACCAUCUCCGCCUCUCAUUCUCUUCUUUCUCUCCUUUUUCUCCUCUUCUCUUGUUUCUCUGUUCAUCCUUUUCUUUUAUUAACCAACCCCCCCGAUCGUCCCUCUGUGCUCCCUCUCUCUCUCUCUCGCUCUCUCUCUCUCUCUCUCUCUCUCUCUCCCUCUCUCUCUCUCACUCUCUCUCUCUCUCUCUCUCUCUCUCUCUCUCUCUCUCUCUCUCUCUCUCUCUCUCUCUCUCUCUCUCUCUCUCUCUCUCUCUCCCUCUCUCUCUCUCCCUCUCUCUCUCUCUUUCUGGAGGAGGUUUUGAAUGGAAAUGAGUCUUUAGGUCACCUUGUGUGUGUGUGUGUGUGUGUGUGUGUGUGUGUGUGUGUGUGUGUGUGUGUGUGUGUGUGUGUGCGUUCACUGAUGAUGUCAUGCUUUAAAGCCAAUCAGAUGACUCUGAGAAAAGUUUCCUUGAUUUUGAGUUUGUUCAGAUUUACACCUUCAUCAAAUUUAAAUGUGAAUAUUUGGUCAAACAGGAAGUGAAGGUUUAAGGUCCUUGAAUGGGUUUUGGGCAUCCUUGAUUGUUUGUAAAUGCCAUCUUGGA